GCGACUCAAAGACAACGUCAACCCCACGAAACUACCAAUUGCCCCCGCAAGCCGCGAAUUACAAAUCUCCACUCUUCACAAUGGCAGGCUGGGUUAUGCGCGAGAACCGCGUUCCUUACUGGCAACGCGAACACCAGAAGCACGACGGACUGAGGACCUGGGAGAAGGCCCGCGGAAAGUGGAUGAUCCCCGGUUACAAGGUCCUCCUGUUCGGCAGCCUCAGCGCCAGCAUGUACAUGAUGGGUCGUCUCGUCCUCGGACACAAGACCUGGUUUGGCAAAAACUAGAUUGCGCGCCACGAACAAGAUAUCCGGUGAGAGAGGAUUGGAUGAUCAUCAAUGUCAAUACACAAGCAAUCAACAAGCCUUCAUACACUACA